AUACAGUCGUGAAAGUGUCCUAAAUAAGAAUCUUUUUAUAGCGAGUUCGAUUCGAUGUGAUUGGCGAUGAUCUAUUAACAUUGAUUGUAGGUGUGUAUCUGUUAGUGUGUAUCGCUCUGCUAAUUAAUUUGCUUCGGCUCAGUACAAGUCUUUCGUUUGGGCAGUGAGUUACUAUUAAAAGAACUCGUUAAUUAUAUUGUGAUUAAUUUUACAGUCUCAUUAAAACAGUAAACCGAUAUGGAUGAAAUUCAGCUUAGUAAAGAUCAAAUAUCCCAUUUGAAAAUGGCAUUCGACGCGUUCGAUCCGGAGAAAAAAGGAGCUAUCGGUACGGAUAAGGUAGGCACAAUUCUUGAGAUGCUUGGUCAGGAGGUGAACUCAAAUGAACUCGCAGCACUUAUAUUAGAAGUUGAUAUGUGGGGAACCGGUGAAAUAAAAUUCGAGGAGUUUUGCCAGGUAGCGUCGCAUUUUCUCGAGGAGGAUACUGACACCGAAGCGAUACAACAAGAGUUACGAGAGGCAUUCCGAUUAUACGACAAAGAAGGUAACGGUUAUAUCACCACCGAUGUGUUCAGAGAUAUCCUUCAUGAACUGGACGACGCGCUAUCUCCGGACGAACUUGAUAUGAUCAUAGACGAAGUGGACAUUGACGGAUCUGGCACACUCGAUUUCGAUGAAUUCAUGGAGGUCAUGACAGGAUAAGUUAUUACUUUGGCACCGCGCGGAUGCGUCGUGUCUAUCGCCCACGCUUUAGACAACGAGUGUGCCUGUAUAAACAGAGAGAAGUCGAAAACUCCUCGAAAUUGUACAUAUGUGAUGCUGGCAGAAUAUAAUGUCAUGUGCUUACCACAUAAAAAUUCUCGCCUAUUUUAAGUUUCACGUAUUU